AUUUUUAUUAUCGACAGCAUCACUUCCCAUCAUCAUCAUCAUCAUCUCUUCUCCUCCUCCCUACUCCUUCUCCUUCUCCUUCAUCACUCGAAAAAUUAAUACUGUCUGUCUCGCUCUGCUGUAUGCCACCUAUUUCUUCCAUUUUUCUCCACCCUCCUACCACUUCCAUGGACGGAUAUUUCUAAUCUGCACAAAAACCUAACCCUAACAACUCUUUUAAAAAGCUGAUCUUUUCUUUUAUUCAUUUUUAUAUUUCUUUCGGGGACCCUAGAUGUUAGAGCGAUGGACAUAACGCCCACCAUCACCAACACCAUUAGUGCUACCAAAUCCCCAGAAGCUGACAGUGAGACACCAACUCGGAUCCAACCCUCCUCCAAGCCCUUAUCUUUCUCCAACGGUGUACUCAAACGCCACAAUCCUCACCACCACCACCACCACCUCACCACUCCACAGCUGGUUGUCACCUACAAAGAAUGCCUAAAAAACCAUGCAGCAUCCUUAGGAGGACACGCUUUAGACGGUUGCGGCGAGUUCAUGCCCUCCCCUUCUGCCACUCCCGUUGACCCAACAUCACUCAAAUGCGCUGCCUGUGGCUGCCACCGCAAUUUCCACCGUCGCGAGCCCGAGGACCCUAUCCCCACCUCCGCCACCACCCAUGUCAUCGAGUACCAGCCCCACCACCGCCAUCACCCUCCUCCACCACCACCGACUGUCUCAAAUCGAAGCCCCAAUUCAGCCUCCCCACCGCCGAUCUCCUCCUCCUACUACCCCUCCGCGCCCCACAUGCUUUUGGCUUUGUCUGGUGGCCUUUCAGUUCAACCGGAGAGUGCAGCUGGGCCUACUAACCCUAUGGUCUCGCCGAGCCCAAAUGCAAGAAAGCGGUUCAGGACCAAGUUCAGCCAGGAACAGAAAGAAAAGAUGCACCAGUUUGCGGAGAGAGUUGGAUGGAAGAUGCAAAAGAGAGACCAGGAAUUGGUACAAGAGUUCUGCAAUGAAAUUGGGGUGGAAAAGGGUGUUCUAAAGGUGUGGAUGCAUAACAAUAAGAACACCUUUGGGAGGAGAGAUGCGGAUGAUACAGCUGGGAAUAGGAACACCAACAACAUUCUUGAGCAAACCCACAACAACGGCAACGACAACGGAAACGAGGACGACGACAACAACAACGAAACCAACAACCUCGGCGAGAACCCGAAUCACUACCAGAGUGACAGCGGGGCUCAUGGUGCUAAUGGGUCUUCCUCAUCUUCUUGAUCUUUGAUGAAAUAAUAAGGAAAUGUUAGAUAGUUCAGUAAGACUAGAAUAUUAAUUACUUGUAGUUGGUUCUUGCUCAGUUUUAAAUUGUUUUUUCAGUUAAUGAUCUUAAUGAGAUGAUGAACAUGACCUUGUUGAGGAUAUCAUGGAAGAGCUAGAUUGAUCCAAAAGGAAAUUUGAUUUGGUUUA